AUGAAACGUUUCGUUAAAAAUUACGAAGAUAAAGAACCGAUGACUUUCGAAGAGUACGAAGCGGUUUCAUUAAAAUUCCCCUGUCCGAUAAGGUAUACACGGAUUUCGGAUGUAUGUACCGGUAUGGAUAUUCCGAAAAAUAACAUAACAGUUAUGCGCUCCGAUAUAGGGGAACGUCUAAAAGAUUUUUCUAUUGAAAAAUCGGAAGCGCAAAUCAUCAGACAAUGGCUGGUUAAUAAUAACUACGAUAUUUCCGUGUACGAAUUAACAUACGGAUGCAUACCUACAUCGUUCGUGCCGGAAAUGCAAUUUGUCAUUACGAAAUUCAUCGAAGACCGUUACCCGACAACGCCCGUGUUGGUCGACGGAGAGUUAGAGUUGUUGUGUAUGACGUAUUGGCGAUAUUUCAGUUCGGAUUUGAUAAAAUACUGCGAAAAAACUCCUCGAAAAUUAUCCAAAAUGAUUUUAUGCGACAUUGUAAAAAAAUUGUUAAAGAUUAAAAGAAUAAAACAUACCGACACCUCUAAAAUAAAUGAGAAAAAUAAAGACGUUUUUUUACCGAAAUUACUAUGUGCCGUUAAUAUCGGAGACUCGGACCACGUGACGAUCGGAUCGCUGUGUAUACUAAAGAUGCUGCUGACGACGUUUUUGACCAGGUAUAAAAUACCGAAAACCACGGUAUCGAUUAUCAACGGAAUAUUUAUGUCUUUAAAAGUGGAGCAUAUAUUAACGGGUAAUACGUUCAAUAAAGUGAUUAAAGCUCAAGACAUGGUAUUGAGGUGGUUUAUCGAAACUUGCAACUUUCAUAGAAUCGGUAUUUCGGCGAUUAACUUGCCGCCCAGUAUUUUCGUAAAUUUAUUGAAAACUCCUACGUCCGAAAAAGCUGAUCAGAUAGCGGUGUUCAAUAAAUCUGACGUUUUUGAGAUUUUCAAGCUAUAUUUUUCGAAGCCGUCUGACGUUAGUUUAGAAUUAUGCGUAGCUGUUGAUAACAUGUUCAUGUUGAUUGUCGUUUGGUUUUCCAACUAUCUGUGCUUAACCGGUCUGUUGUCGUUAUCGUUGUUUGGUAAAUUUAAUCAAACGAUUUUACCGCAGUUUUUGCAACAUGUCAACAGAUACGGCAUAGAACAUUACCAAAAUUCAAUGAUUACCGCUAAUUAUUCCACGAGAAUAAAAAAUAAAUUUGCAGAAGCUGUAUGCAAAAAUGUAAGUCGAUUAUCAAAAACCGAAGGGAAUAUUAAUCGACCGAAAAAAAAAAUCAGUUUCGAACAGCCGAUACUCGACACGUUAAUGGAUUUUGGGCACAAAUUUUUGAAUUACGCAGUAAGUCCGGUGGCAGUUAAGCGAACAGAAUCAUCGAUACCGUCCAAAAGUUGGUCGAAUCCAUUCAUAAUGGCGAUACGAAAAUUUGAAACAGACUGCGUUUUAACUAAUCGGAAUAUAGCUUUACACGAUAAAUUUAUAGAAUGUACUAGCGAUUCGUUAUACGGUUCGAAAAAAAAAACAUUCCGAUUAAUAAACGCCAAAUAUUACGAAUACGGUAAUAUUGAGAGACUAAAAAAACGAAAAAUCGAAUCGCUGACGACGACGACGAAUUCUGACGCAAACGGUCUGAUUACCACGUUGGCUAAAAGUUAUAACGACGAUACCGAGGACGGUGAAGAUUACGGCGACAACGACAACGACGACGAUGACGAUGAUGAUGAUGAUGAUUGCGACGAUGACUAUGAUCCUGACGAUGACGAUGAAUUACCUAUCGGAGAACAAAAUUUAUUAUUCGAAGAUUUAAAGUUAAAUUAUUCCGAUGAAUUUAACGAUAACCGUAUGGAAAAAUUAACAAGAAAACGAAUAAAAAAAAAAAUAUUAUCUACAGCAGUAGUGUCAUUGAUGUCGAAAUGUCCCAGUAAAAUUUUAAAUAAUAUGCACCUUUUAAGGCGUCUAGAGAAAAAAAAAAUGAUAGAACCGUAUAAAAUAUCAAAAACCGAUAAAUACUUAAUUUUAAACCAAAUUAAAACUUUUGGAGUAAUUUCAAAUACCGAUACAUUAACGCCCCACGAAAACAAAAAAAAUAAAUGUAAAUUAUGUCGGACAAACUUUACCAUUCCCGGUUUUGAAAAUUUAUUAAUUAACGAAAAUACUGCCGUCGACUGUUGUUUGUCCUGCGUUUUACAAUUACACAACAUUCUCCAGAAUAAAUCAAAUGACGUAACGUUCGAAAUAGUACAAAAUCAUUUAGUACAAAAAGUAAAAAAUAAAGAUCUCACACGGCUUGAAAAUUUUGAAGAAAUAGAUUUUUCCAUAGACUUUACGAAACUCAAAAAUAAAAAAUAUAUACCUUCGUAUAAUAGAUUAGAAAGUACUUACGGUAAAUAA